AUGAUUUGCAUGAUGGCAGUCCUUGUGGCGCAGACGGAGUCAAAGGAAAAGCGCAAAGACGGAAAGGGGGCGCGACGAAAACACGGCCGGGUCAGGAACAAAAAUUUGCCACAUAAUUCCACCUCACAAAAUAGUUCACCCGACCCCAUAAUGGCAGGUGUCGAUGCGGGAGUCCUACAGGUGGUAUGGGAGGAGGACUUUGAAAAAAGCAUUGAAGAGAUGGUGUCACAAGUGAGGAAUAACUCCGCGCUUUCCAAAAACAAAUGUGUGGUGGACCGGCAGCUCUGGAUGUCCAACAGUAGGAGUCUGUCUCCCUGGUCAUACAGAAUCAACCACGAUGAGAACCGGAUACCGGUGGACAUUCCCGAGGCCAAGUGCUCUUGCGUGGGUUGCAUCAACCCCUUCACCAUGCAGGAGGACCGCACCAUGACCAGCGUGCUCAUCUACACAAAGAUACCCGUGCGCAGGCGACUAUGUGACAAGCUUACCAAGAGAAUCAGGAAGAAGAAGAAGUGUAUUCCUCUGUAUAGGACGGUGGUGGAGAGCAUUGCCGUGGGCUGCACCUGUAUAGUGUGA